AGCUAGGAGCAGCUUCCUUUUACAGCCUAAAGAGCCGCAGAAUGAUGAAGAGGUAGAACGGACUGUGCAAAGAUGAGAACAGCCAAGCAGAAAAGCUGAGGUCCAGAACAGUCGGAAGGAUUUUGCAUAGGAUUUUUUUUUUUUAUUAUUUUUAUUUUGACAGCAGAUGCAAAACACUUGAGCUCAGGCUCUUGGUCUGUACAAAACAGGAUGCCAAGUCACCAGCCUUGGUACCAUGACAAUAUAACACGAUCCAAAGCUGAGGAUCUGCUCUCCAAAGCAGCGAGAGAUGGAAGCUUCCUUAUCCGGGACAGCGAGUCCGUCCAGGGAGCGUACGCCCUCUGCGUUUUAUACCAGAACUGCGUGUACACGUACAGGAUCCUGCCUAACGAGGACAAGCAGCUCUCUGUUCAGGCCUCUGAAGGCGUUCCCAUCCGAUUCUUCACGAUGCUGCCUGAGCUGGUGGAGGCGUACUACAACCCCAACAUGGGCCUGGUCACACACCUGCAGUACCCGGUCCAGAGGGAGGAGGAGGCAGAAGAAGAGCAAGAAUCCAACAGUCUUCCUCCGCAGCUUCCACCCAGGAACUUCCUGGCCGACACCAAAGAAAGUGAAACCAAGACGUCGGAGCAGGCCACCAAGUCCCUGUCGGACACGUACCUGAUGAGGCUGCAGCACAUGGACCUGUCCGCGUUGUCAGAGGAACACCAGAUGGCCGUCCAGGAGUACUUCAGGACGUCCAUCUGCCUGGACGCGGAGCAGGUGCAAAAUGGAAACCCCAACCUGCCCGGCCUCAAGAAGCUCAUCACAGCUGUGUGCAAAAAUCUAAACUGUGAGAUUUCUCGAGUCCUCCCUGCUCUCGAGAUCUUCCACAGAGCGCUGGACCAGCAGAUCUCCCCAGGCAUUGGGCCCAAACAGAUUCUUGUAGAUUCGGGACAGUCUAUAAGCUACAGGCUGGAGCAACUCACCAAACUGCUCUACUCCAUAGAGGACAAGGCCAAAAGUUCUGUUUUCGAGGCCGUCGGCUAUGAUGGAGGCCACCGGAAAUCUCUUAUACCGAUUGUUUCGUUUGAGGUAAAGCAAGAGUUGCUUGGCAUUUCAACAAAGAUGGUUCUGAAGGUGGACGUCGAAAGCGGGAAACUCUUCUUCAAGAAGUCCAAAGACGGACCGGAAGAUAAAUACUUUGUUCACAAUAAAAUCCUACAGCUGGUAAAAUCCCAGAAAAUGCAUGCUAAGCUCAUCAUCGUGGUGGAGACGGAGAAAGAGAAGAUUCUGCGUAAAGAGUUUGUGUUUGACGACACAAAGAAAAGAGAAGGCUUUUGUCAGCUGCUUCAGCAGAUGAAGAACAAGCACUCGGAAAAGCCGGAGCCGGACAUGAUCACUGUGUUUGUCGGCACCUGGAAUAUGGGAAACGCCGGUCCUCCUCCCAACAUCGACUCGUGGUUUCACUGUAAGGGCCUGGGGAAAACGCGGGACGACACGGCGGACCACAUUCCACACGACGUGUACGUCAUCGGGACCCAGGAGGAUCCGCUGGGCGAGAGGGAGUGGUCAGACACGGUGAAGAACGCCCUGAGGAAAAUCACAAACAUCAGCUUCAAGCAGGUGGCGAUUCACACUCUGUGGAACAUUCGGAUUAUCGUCCUGGCCAAGCCUGAGCAUGAAAACAGAAUCUCCCACGUGUUUUCAGACAGCGUGAAGACGGGCAUUGCCAACACUUUGGGUAACAAAGGAGCCGUGGGAGUGUCCUUCAUGUUCAAUGGCACAUCCUUCGGAUUUGUCAACAGCCACCUGACCUCUGGGAGUGAGAAGAAGCUCAGACGGAAUCAGAACUACGUCAGCAUCCUGAGAUUUCUGAACCUGGGCGACAAAAAGCUGAAUCCGUUCGACAUCACGCAUCGCUUCACGCACCUCAUCUGGCUGGGAGACUUAAACUAUCGCGUUGACCUGCCGUCUUCGGACGCCGAGAACAUUGUGACGAAGAUCAAGCAGCAGCAGUACCACGACCUCCUCAGCAGAGACCAGCUCGGCAUGGAGCGGAAUGACGGGAGGGUCUUCCUGCAUUUCGAGGAGGAGGAAAUCACAUUUCCACCCACCUACCGCUUUGAGAGAGACACACGAGACAAAUAUGCCUACACAAAGGCCAAAGCCACAGGGACAAAAUACAAUUUGCCAUCGUGGUGCGAUCGAGUCCUGCGGAAGUCAUAUCCUCUAGUUCACGUUGUGUGCCAGGCGUAUGGAUGCACUAAUGACAUCAUGACCAGCGACCACUCGCCUGUUUUUGCUUCAUUUGAAGUCGGAGUUGCGUCACAGUUCGUCUCCAAGCAAGAUCCCAGCAGCGCUCCUCAGGGUGGAAUCCAGAUCAUGAACUGCGUGGCCAUCCUGCUGACGAAGUCAAAGACCAGGUUCUUCAUCGAGUUUCACUCCAGCUGCUUGGAGAAAACUGUGAAGACCUCAGAAGGAGACAACACGGAACACUCCGACGGCUCCAUAAAAGUUUGGUUCGGCAAUAAAGUCGAGCUCACGCCGAUCAUUUCCGACCCCGAUUAUCUGCUGGAGCAGCACAUCCUCAUCUGCGUCAAAUCCACAGAUUCUGACGAGUCGUACGGGGAGGGAUGCGUUGCGCUGCGAGCCGCCCAGUUCUGCUACAAUGAGUUCCAGAUCACGCUGACCCACCAGGGAGAGAAGACAGGCACGCUGACCGGGGGCAUUCAGCUGCGCACCUCCGAGUUCAAGCCCACUGAGAAGUUAUACGAUUUCAUUAAAAUUGAAAGAGACGACGCCGCUCCUUCAAAAGGCAAAUGCGGAGACAAGUCCGUCGUAACGCCGGCGCAUGAUAUCUCCAACCCAAAUUAUAUGGGAGUCUCAUUCAAAAGUGGGAAUGUGUCGGAUAGGGGCUGGAGUUACAGCAUGACCCCCAGGAAUGUCUGCGGUGGGGCUCAGGGGGGUAAAGAGUGCAAGAAGCCUGGUUACGAUGUAAGCGUACGAAGUCCCACUACAAUGAAUUAUACCACGAAUGAGGACGAGAAGUUGUCUGAGAUGUUGGACAACCCACUGUACGGUUCCAUGGCCAAAUCUCACAGUCAGGCCAAAGACCAAGGUCAUCCCCAGCCGGACCGUCUUACGCCGACCAUAGAUGGAGACCCUAAUCGCCCCCCGUUGCUUGUGCCACGUAACCGCUCCUUCACUUCUUCUGAGAACAGAUCCCAGCCUCAGACCACUGUAGGUCUGCACCCACCAGGUCACAAGAAGCCUGUGGUUCCCUCCCGCUCAGAGGGAGGCAUGGCGCCUCAUCGGCCUCCUUUGCCCACUAAGUCGCGUCCUGAACCCCAGAACCCCAAACCCAGAGAUUACAGAGACACAUCAGAGUUUCCCAGCAAACAGAGAGCUCCGACAAGACCCGGCCCGCUACCGCCUCACAAAGACGUGCAUUCAGAGCAUUCCAAGACGGGUCGUCCAGUGAACUGAGAUAAAGCUGCAAAUAAGUCCAGCACUGACAGAACUGCUUCCUGCCCUGCAUUUUACUAACUAAAUAUAAAGUCAAAGCUUUGACCAGUUCUUCUCAUCACUUUGUAUCACAGAGUAGCUUAUCAUUUUUCUACAGUGUCAAAAAAAACUUAUUCUCCCCUUUUUCUACAGCAUAUAGUUAGAACUCCUUUUCCAGUCUCAUGCUAAGCUACGUUGACUGAAUGAUGGCUGCAGCUUCAAAUUUAACAGAUCACAUUUCUCAACCCAAAAUGGUAAUAAAGCUCCAGUUUAUGUCACUGAAUGAGAUUUGUAAGUAGAAAUUAAAUGUGUAUAGCUAUGUUUUUAUUAGCGUAAAGUUUUUAUUUUCAUUACAAAUCAGAUUUGUUUCCUGAUACAAAGCCAGAUUUCUAUGGUAGCCCAGAGUGGUCAUGGGCUCAAGAAAGGGAAAAUUGCAUGUUUUCUUUGUUUUCAAGGUUUCAUGUACAUGUUUGGUUGGAGGGGCUGGGGUUAGAAUUUGCUACAUUCUACAUACUUUCCCUUCGUUGUUACAGAAAGUUACAUUUUUAGGGUGGGUUUCUAAGUCCCACCCUGAACAGUUUUGUCACACUGUAGGUUACAAAACUGUACUCUCCUUCCAAAUGAUUACAAACAGAAACUUUUACACUAUACUGUGGCUAAUGAAUGUUUACCACACAGUAUUAAAUUGCACGAAUAAUUAAAUAUUUUUCUUCAGAUGUACAAUAAAUUCCAAAAUAAAUACAAUUGUCAAAGUUUCA